AUAUAUUUGUUGAAUCUUCUUUGUGCUUGAGACAAUGUCGUUUAAUAACCAGAGUUCCGACAUGAUCCCAAUACAAGUUGAAUAUGCAGAAUAUAAACGGAAGAAAGAAUAUUUGAAGAGAAUAGUGAGACUCACGACAUCAAAGAUGCAGGAUGACGAAAGUGAUGUGGAGAGCGGCUCAAUGAGCUACAGAAUCCAUUACAAAAUCUACAUAGAGGCUCUGGAGCAAUUAUUAGGCAAGGAAGUAGUUGAGAGAAAAAUAAAAGAUAAGGAGGAAAGAGAAAAGAGAGAGAAAGAACAAAAGAAAAUUGAAGAAAGAACCUGGACCGAAAAGUUAGCAAUUUUCAAAGCUAUGAACAGAGCUUCUUGCUAUAAGCAACUCUUGGAUCAAGUAAUUAUCGGACAAGAAAGUAUAAAAGAUGCAAAUUUGUUAAUGGCGAACCUCUGUAGCCAGGACAAACAAAGAAAUACACAUAGACAUUAAGAAUUCACUCCUACUGUACCAAAAAGGGCUUUGUAAACUGAUGGUUGUUAAAAUAUGAAUAGAUAGAACCAAAUAUGUUGAAUCAAAAAAUAUACCAAAGAAAUAUUAAAAACAAUUUCUCAUUCUGGAGUUUUAGCAUUUAUUUUCAAUACUCCAUUAAAUUUAUCAGAAAAAAUUAUAGGGUUCUAAUUCAAAUUAUUAUCUGAGAUGAUCUGAAAAUAUGUAAAUAUAUUGUAUAUAGUUCUGUAUUAAAAUAAAAAAAUAUAAAAAAUAAAGCUUUUUAAAUUAUUCGAAAUGAACUCAACUGGUAAGAUUGCGGACUAACAGGUCAUUAAAAAUAAAGAAAAUCUUCCCUUUGAAUCAUUCAAUUUUCAUUUUGUGAAAUUCAAUCGGAUGUGAUUAGUGGAAUUCUUAUCUUAUCUAUAUGAGAAAAGUUACAAAAUUAUAAUAGAAUUUUCAUCCCCAUUAAUGAAGGCAAUGAAUAUC